UUUAUGGAUAGGAUUUCGUUCCAUUAACAUCACUUAAUAAAUACUUAAAUAGGCCAACACUGCUUCCAAAGUCCAUAGUCCAAACAAAAAGAGUAGCUAGUUAUGAUGGAGAGAGACAGAGAAGAGAGCGUUGAUUUGGCACAAAUCUCUCUUCGACCCCUUCAGCUCUCUGAUGUUGAUGAUCUCAUGGUGUGGACCACUGAUGAAAAAGUACCCAAGUUUUGCACUUGGGAACCUUACAGCAGCAAAGACCAGGGCAUUGACUUCAUUCAAAAUAAAGCAUGCGAGUUUCUAUGGAGCAGAGCAAUAUGCCUUCAUGACCGUGCUAUUGGCUUUAUCCUCAUGACCUCGUGUUCUGCUACCGAUCAAUCAAGGGAGAAAUCAGUAGAACUUGGAUAUGUUCUAGGUUCCAAAUACUGGUCCAAAGGGAUUAUGACUUAUGUUGUAAAACAAGUGAAGAAGGUUGCAUUCAGAGAGUUUCCACACUUAGAGAGGCUUGAAGCUCUAGUUGAUGCAGAAAAUGUGGGGUCUCAGAGGGUGCUGGAAAAGGCUGGUUUUCAUAGGGAGGGAGUCCUAAGGAAAUAUUUGUUCUUUAAGGGAAAAAGCAGAGACAUGGUCAUUUUCAGUGUUUUAUCAACCGAUCUUAAUCACCAAGAUUGAUCUAUGUGAUUUUGACUUUUUGAUAUUCACCUAAAAUCAUGUUGCUCACUUCUUCUCAUCCUAUCGUGGACCUCGUACUUGGGAAUAAAUAAAGUAGUUACUCACAUUUUAAAUAAUUAGUUAUUGAUAUUAUAUGUAUUUAUGUAAUAGCCAAAUUAUGUGGCCAUUUAUAGUUUUCUUCUAGCUGAUCUUCACUCAAAAUUUGCUUCUCUCAAGCUUUAACUGCCUCUGCAUGUUAAUCUAGAAAACAGAGUUUGAGUGUUGUAGACUUGAUGCUGUAUCAUACUGAAAUCAGUAUAGCGUUCGAUGAUUUCUAUGUUCAAUAUUUAUUUUCCUCUUUUUGUAUUGGGUUAAAUUAAUGCCAUUGACUAGGCAUUAGGCAAUCUCUAUGUUUCCAUCUAUCUAGAGUUAUUUAUUAAUUAUUCUAAUGAUAAUGUUU